AUGCUUCCCAACAGUGUCAGGUUGACGACCGUCCCGCAGAUAACCAGAACAUUGACCCAGUUAUCCACCUACCCGUACCCGUCGCGCACGGAAGAAGCGCAAUACCUCAAAGAUGAGGUCGCCCGCAUCGAGGAGUGGUGGCGCUCGCCACGCUUCAAGGGCAUCAAGCGCCCGUACACGGCGCAGCAGGUUGCGCUCCAUCGCGGUUCGUUGACACAGCUGUACGCGUCGUCCACCCAAGCUGACAAGUUGUUCAACUUGCUUGAGGAAAAUUUCCAGAAACGCACACCCGUGCACACCAUCGGAUCCAUUGACCCUGUCCAAAUGUCGCAAUCCGCUAGAAACCAGGAAGUGGUUUAUGUCUCUGGCUGGGCGUGCUCGUCGGUAUUGACCACCACGAACGAGGUCUCCCCGGACUUUGGCGACUAUCCGUACGACACUGUACCGAACCAGGUCGAGCGCUUGUUCAAGGCGCAGCAGUUGCACGAUAAGAAAUCGUUCCACGAGUUCCACUCAAAGUCUCCAGAGGAGCAGGCGAAGCUGCCAGAUAGAGUCGACUACCUUAAGCCGAUCAUCGCGGACGCAGACACGGGUCACGGCGGCUUGGGUGCAGUCAUGAAGCUCGCUAAGCUCUUUGCGGAGCGGGGGGCUGCUGCAAUCCACUUGGAAGAUCAGUUGCACGGCGGAAAGAAAUGUGGGCACCUUGCGGGGAAGGUCAUCGUACCAACAUCCACCCACAUCUCGCGCUUGGUAGCCACCAGAAUGCAGUGGGAUCUCAUGGGCUGCAACAACUUGGUUAUUGCGCGCACGGAUUCCGAGUCGGGUAACUUGUUGAGCUCAACCGUUGACCCUAGAGACCACGAGUUCAUCUUGGGGGUCAGCAAGCCGAACGUCAAGCCGUUAUCGGAGAUUUUGUUGGAGGCGGAGAUGCGCGGCGCCUCCAGCGGCGAGAUCAAUCAUAUAGAGGCUUCCUGGUUGGAGCAGAACCCAUUGGUCACCUUUAACCAGGCCGUGGAGGCAAAGUUAGCCGAACUCGGCUUGAGCAAGCUCUACCCCCUGUAUUUGGCCGAGGCCCAGGACAAGUCUGUGUACGAAUGCAGAGACAUUCUUACCAAGGUUUCGGGCGGGAAGGUGGCCGUCGACUUCAACUGGGAAGCCCCAAAGACGAAGGAGGGAUACUACAUGGUGCAACCGGGCAUCGACGUCGCGGUGAAGCGUGCUUUAGCGUUUGCGCCGUACGCGGAUUUGGUGUGGUUGGAGACCAAGACCCCUGAUGUGGCCUACGCCGCUGCGUUUGCCAAGCGCAUUCACGACGUAUACCCAGAGAAGAAGCUUGUGUACAAUUUGUCACCAUCCUUCAACUGGUCGGCCCAUGGGUUUACCGAGGAGAAGUUGACCUCGUUUAUUUGGGAUUUGGCCAAGAGCGGGUUUGUACUCCAGUUGGUGUCGCUCGCGGGCUUGCACUCCAAUGCGCUCACCUCCCACCAGUUGUCCACCGCUUUCAAGACCCAAGGCAUGAAGGCCUACGUCGACCUUGUCCAGACUCCAGAGAAGGCCUCUGGUUGCGAUGUCUUAACCCACCAGAAGUGGUCAGGCGCCAACUACAUGGACAGCUUGCAGGCCUGUGUUCAGAGCGGUUCCUCCCAGACCAGCUCCACCGGCAAGGAUUCCACCGAAAACCAGUUCUAG